GCACCCUCGGCUGCCCUCUCACUGUCACCUUGAAUGUCAUUGACAAUGCAAAAACAGGUCAGCUAAUGUGUCAAUGCCUUUGAGGACUCUAUCAGUUUAUGAAGUACAUUCGUCCCAUUAGUUUGAACUAGUUCCAGUUAGUGCCCGUUAAUGGCAGCUUGAAUUACAAUAGUUACCAGUCUGCUCAAAGAACUUACCAAACUUUUCUAGACCUAUAUAUUAUAUGCACACUAAUACUUGAAACCCAAAAAAUUUUCACCAAUUAUAAUAUAGAAGCAGCACCGUUCCAAUUGUCUAAAUCAGUGUGUACUCUCCAUCUCUCCAGUUGAAGUUGAUGACUAUGCCGCUGGACCACACACAGUGGUGUUUAGUACACUGGGCGUCCCCCUCCCGACUCAAGGAUGCACAUCCAUUGCCACAGUUGAUGAUAUGAAUGUGGAAGGUCCCCAUGACUUUACUGUGCAGAUUACAGCUGUCAGUCUGCCCAAUAGUGUUACAAUAGAGUCUCCCUCGCAACAGAAUGCUAUCAUCAUUGACAAUGAUGAGGUAACUGUUGGAUUCUCUCAACCUACCUACACCUUUCCCGGUGGUGCUGGAGCUGUACAGCUCAUGCUGGCAGUGUCUGGUCUCUUGGGUGUUCUAGAAUGCCCAGUUGAUGUGUCAAUUGAGUACACCGAUGGUCCCAAAGCUAUUGUUGGUAUGGACUACCAGCCAGGACAAAUGACCUUUACUCUCUCUACUUCAACCGCCAACGGAGACAUAAUUUCAGUGCCACUGGACAUUCUGAGUGACACUGCUGUGGAAGGAGAUCACACUUUCUCUGUGGAGGUGGUGGACAGUGAUCUGGUGAUGCCAGGACAAGCUGCCACAAUUGAAAUCACUGACAAUGACUUUGCUGGAGUUCAGAUGGAGUAUUUAGUGUACACUGGCAGUGAGGGCAGCUCAGUGGAGGUGUGUGUUUUGCUCAGCAGUCUCCCUGCUGAUGGGCUCCAGUGGGAGAUUGUGGUUACCCUGGAUGUUAUCGAUGGACUAAAAGCAGUUGCCGGGCAAGACUUCUCGCCAGCCAUGCUAACGGUGACAUUCCCAGUCUCAUCAACAAUGGGGGACACUGCCUGUGCAGACAUUACCAUUACUGAUGAUGAUGCACUUGAGUGCAGUCACGACUUCACUGUGGCCAUAGCCAGUGCCACUCUUGGAACCAUGUUCUCUCCUCCCCUGUCACAAGCAACCGUAACUAUCCUGGACAAUGACAAUGCUGGGUUGACUUUCACUCAGCAAGAUUUUGUAGUCAACGAAGGGGACGGCACAGUAGAUGUGUGUAUGGAGCUCACUCCUCCACCUGGUGGGAUGGAAUGUGAAGUAAUUGCAACUUUGAGUGCAGCUGGAGACAAAGCUGUUAUUGAUGAAGACUGGUCAAUCAAUGAUCUUCAAAUAACAUUCACCCCUAGUGCCAGUCCUGUAACGGCCUGUUCGACAUUCAAUAUCAUCGAGGACGACAUGGUGGAGUGUAACCACACUUUCACAGUGUCGUUUGAAUCGAUAGCCAACUGUGUCACUGAUCCUCCAAUUGUGUCUAGUUCACCAUCUGCUACUGUGAUCAUCGAGGACAAUGAGGUUUUCACUGUGGACAUGAGGGAUGGGACUCUGACUGUGGAUGAAGGUGUUGAAGACGGUACACAGCAGAUCUGUCUGACACUGGAUAUAACUGGAGGAGGCAGCGUCCAAUGUCCACUCACAGUGACACUUGGCACAACUGCAGGGACUGCGAAUUUGUUGCCUGACAAAGAGGACUAUGUGCCUGGACCACACACCGUCAUCAUCCCACUAGGGACCCUCUCGGGAGAUUCUGUUUGCACUGAUAUUGAGGAUUUCAUAGUCGAUGAUGCCAUUCUCGAGUCGACAGAGGAUUUCACUGUCGAAGUUGUGAGUGUGAGUCCUUGUGGAGAUGUUGGAACUGCCCCAACCACAGUUGUUAGCAUCACUGACAAUGAUGAGCUAAAGGCUGGCUUCACUAACGAUGUAAACGUCAUGCUGGAAGAAGGCAACGUUGAGACUAUUUGUGUGACAGUGGAAGGCCUAACUGAAAGACCUAUAGAUGAUAUUGUUGUUAAUGUGAAGGAAAUCAUUGGUGAUGGUGCUGAUUAUAGUGUCAGUGGGUCCCCCCUGAUGUUUGGAGCUUCAGCUAGUUCAACAAAUUGUGUCGAAGAUGAAGAGCUGUGUUUCAGUUUCACAGCAGUGCAGGACUCUAUCAAGGAAGAGGAAGAGAAGUUUAAGCUCUAUCUGUCCACCAGUGACUCUGGGAUUAGGUUGUGUGGAGACCAGGGGCACAUCUCCAUCCCAGAAGAUCCCGCUGAUGUUGUGAUGGUGAGUCUGUCAGUCAUGAACGAUGGGAUAGUGAGCGAGGCCAACGGGGCAAUGCAAGUGGCAGUUACUAAGUCUGGAGAUCUACAGACUACAAUCACAGUCAGUAUUGAGACUGUGGAAGGAACAGCUGAAAUGGGCAGUGACUAUGUGCCGAUAACACGUGACAUCAUAUUCAAUGAAGAAACAGAUUACACACAGAUAGUAUACGUCCCCAUUAAAAAUGAUGAGUGUCUGGAGUACAAUGAGACCUUCAGUGUUAGAGUCUCUUCCGACAUGAGCUGUGUCAUUAUAGUGACUGGUGAAGUUAGCAUCACCAUUGAUGAUGAUGACAGUGCUAAGAUCACACUGGAUGAUUCAUUCUAUAAGAGAAGUGAGGGUGAUGGAUCUGUGGACGUUUGUGUACAUCUAAAAACCGAGAUAAAGCGUGACAUAGAUUUUGAGCUCGACGCCAAUGGACUAACUGCCCAGGAGGGCAGUGACUUUAACUCACCAGCAGUGCUCACUGGUACAUUCGUUGUGGGGGGUGGCCCUUACGUUUGCUUCACAUUUAACAUCACUGAUGAUAACUGUGUGGAGGACAAGGAGUUAUUUGGAGUGUCUCUUUCAUCUUCUGACUCUUACGUUGAUGUCCACAUCUCUUCAGCCAUCAUCACAAUCUGGGACAACGAUUAUGCACUGUUCAAUGUUGAGUCUGACACCUACUUUGUUGAUGAAGAUGGUGGACCUGCCACACUCUGUGUUGUACUAGCUGACGGUUGUCUUGAGCGAGACGUGGUGAUUGAGUUUGCCACAUUCGAAGCUACAGCAGAGGAUCCUGACGACUAUCAAGGCAGUGCUUCUUUUAUAACGUUCGUCAGUGGUUCAACGACUGGAGAAAGGGAAUAUGUCAAUAUCGUGAUAGUUGAUGACGAUUUUAAAGAGGAAAACGAGUCGUUUGUGUUUGCAAUCUGCGCCGGAGGAGAUGCAUCUGCACACAUCGACGAUUUCUCAGCCAAUGUAUACAUUGUCGAUGAAGAGAUCGUACAGUUCUCCCUGUCAGUUGGAAAUGCUGGUGUAGUUGAUGAGGAUAAUGGAGUAAAGGUGGUGACAGUGAGUCUAACUGGAGAUCUGAAGAGAGAUGUUGCAGUCAAAAUCGCCACCAUGGCUGGGACAGCUCAAGGAUUUCUGGACUUUAUACCAGUGUAUACAUACCUGAUCUUCAAUGAGGAUACUCCAAAUUCACAGCCAGUACCCGUUACAAUUCUGAACGACGUCUGUCUUGAAGAAGACAUUGAGUACUUCUCUGUCGUGCUAUCUAGUGAUAUGGAUUGUGUUGAGAUAGUUAACGAAAGUGUCACAAUCAGAAUUGAUGAUGAUGACAGAGCAAAGAUCACACUGGACGACUCAUUCUAUAAGAUUAGUGAGGAUGGGGGAUACGUGCACGUCUGUGUAGAACUAAAGAGUGACAUUAAGCGGGAUGUUGGCUUUGAACUCAGUGUCACUGACAUUACAGCACAAGGUGGCAGUGACUUUAUCUCGCCAGCAGUACUCAGUGGGACAUUCACCGUGGGAGGCGACACUGAGAUGUGCUUCACAUUUAACAUCACUGAUGAUAACUGUGUGGAGUACAAGGAGUCAUUUGAAGUAUAUCUUUCGUCUUCUGACUCUUACGUUGAUGUCCACAUCUCUCCAGCCAACAUCACAAUCUGGGACAAUGACUAUGCACUGUUUGGCAUUGAGUAUGACACUUACUUUGUUGCCGAGAAUGACGGACCAGUCACACUCUGUGCUGAACUGCUGGAGGGUUGUCUGGAGCGAGAAGUCAUAGUUGAAUAUGCAACCUUUGAUGGAACUGCUCAAAAUUCCUCUGACUAUGAAGGUCACACGGGCCUUUUGUCAUUUGAGAGUGGCUCAACGGCAGGGAAUGUAGACUGUGUUGACAUUGGAAUCAUUGAUGAUGACUGCAAAGAAAGGAACGAGUCGUUUGUUUUUGCACUGUGUGCUGGAGGAGAUCCGUCUGUGCACAUUGAUGACUUUUACUCUGAUGUAUAUAUCAUAGACAACGAUGUUGUACAGGUUUCUCUGUCAGUUGGGAAUGGUGGUGUAGUUGAUGAGGGUAAUGGAGUCAUGCUGGUAACUGUCACUCUGACUGGAGACCUUAAGACCGAUGUCACUGUAAAAAUUGCCACUGGGGCUGCUGGGACAGCUGUAGCCUACGAGGACUUUAGACCGGUGUAUCAGGAGCUCAUCUUUAACGAGGAGACUUCCAAUACACAGACAGUGUUUGUUACAAUUCUGAACGACGUUUGUCUUGAAGAAGACACGCGAGUACUUCUCUGUUGUGGCAACUAGUGACAUGGACUGUGUUGAGAUAGUUAAUGGAGAAGUUACCAUUAUCAUUGAUGAUGAUGACAAGGCCAAGAUUACUCUGUACGAAUCUUUCUACAAGAUAAGUGAAGGUGUCGGAUCGGUGGACAUCUGUGUUCAGCUGAAGACAGACAUAAAGCGCGAUGUUGAAUUCCAACUAAGUGUUAUUGAUGCAACAGCACGAGAUGGAAGCGAUUUUGACUCACCAGCAGAUCUCACUGGAACAUUCACUGUCGGAGGAGACGAUUACAUUUGCUUCACAUUCAACAUCAGUGACGAUGACUGUGUGGAAGAAAAGGAAUAUUUCCUAGUCGAGCUCUCGUCUUCUGAUGGAUACGUUGAUGUACACACCUCUAUAGCCACAGUACAUAUCAAGGAUAAUGACUACGCACUGUUUGGCAUACAACAAGAAGUGUAUUAUGUGGAGGAGAAUGCUGGAUUUGUUAGAGUUUGUGUUGAACUAUUUGAUGGUUGUCUUCAGAGAGAUGUUUAUAUUGAGAUCAAGAAGCUUGAUGCCACAGCCAUGAAUGAAGCGGAUUUCGUGGGGGGCAAAUAUCAAUUACACUUUGAGAAUGGCUCAGUGUCUGGGGCAAUAGACUGUAUCGACAUUGAGAUCAUAGAUGACUACAUCAAGGAGGGGAAUGAGUCAUUUCUGGUUGUUUUAUCUCCCGGAGGAGAUGAGGCUGUUCACCUAGUCAACCACUAUGCUGAUGUAUACAUCAUUGACGAUGACUGGGUGAAUGUGACUCUGUCACUGGGGAACCCAGCUGGUACAGUAAUAGAGAGUAAUGGAGCUAUGCUUGUUCUGGUUGAAUUGGAGGGAGUGAUAAAGACAGAUGUGAAAGUUACAGUCGAGACUUUUGAUGGAUCUGCUCUGGAAGGUCUCGACUAUGUGUCAGUGACAAAAGAAAUUGUAUUUACCAACUACUCAGAGAAUCCACACCGUCUCUACAUACCCAUUAUCAAUGACUGUGACUGUGUUGAGGAGUAUGAGUACUUCUUAGUGAACAUAACCACUUACAUGGAUUGUGUCCAUCUACCAGUUGAAUAUGUCCACAUCACAAUAAUAGAUGAUGACAUGCCUAAAGUGACCCUCGAAAGAAUGAUCUAUGAAGUAUAUGAGGAUAACACAACUGUGUCUUUGUGUGUUGAGCUUAAAUCCAACCUAAAGCGUGAUCUUGAGGUUCAUCUCUAUUUGUCGGGAGACACUGCCACUGCUGGUACAGACUUUGAUGGAACAUCUCCGCUGACGCAAACCUUUGUCAGUGGAUCAACUGCUGGAGACAGAGUCUACUUUAGCAUUCCAAUAUUUGAUGAUGAUAUUGUGGAAAAUGAAGAGUUAUUUUCGGCUUUGCUUAUUGCUGAUGCGAAAAUACACAUAGAUACUGCAUAUGUGCAAAUAACAGACAAUGACACUGCCUGUGUCAACUUCUCACAGUCAGUGUAUGAAGUACAGGAGAGCAGUGGGUCUGUAGAAAUUUGUGUGGAUGUUGAUGGUAUUCUUGAAGACUACCUGACAGUCUAUCUCUUUACCAUUCCCGGUACUGCCACUGCUGCUGACUUUUAUCCACUGAGUGAGAGCCUCACAUUCCAUGAUGGAGGGCGACAGUGUGUGAACAUCACCAUUGUGACUAGAGAUGCUCUGGAGAAUGUCGAGAAGUUCUCAGUCGUCUUAUCUACUCGGGAUGAGCGCCUUGAAAUAAAGCGCUACUACGCAACAGUUUAUAUUGUUGAGGAUGGCGCUGUCACAAUUGGCUUCAGUCAGAGUGUAUAUCAAGUGGAGGAAGAGGAUGAAAAUGGAGAAGGAAGCAUCCUUGAAAUCUGUGUGGAGGCUGGAGAGCUUGACAGAGAUGUGGAUGUCUAUGUGACCACAAGUAGCCAGACUGCUAUAGCUGGUGAAGACUAUUCUGAUGUCCUUGCUGAGCUUAGAGUGCUGAAGUUUAAGUUUCAGCGAAGAAGGAGAUUUAUUGGUAGCAUCACUGAGGAGCAGUGUUUCAAUGUCACAAUUCUGAGCGAUCCUUUCGUGGAAGAAGACGAAGUGUUUUUGGUUCAACUGUCCACUGAUGACUCUGGAGUUGUACUUAGUCCGGAAGAGGCGGAAGUUGUGAUUGUCAAUAAUGACUAUAUUGAUGUGAACUUGGUGGCAGCUGAUAUUGACGUGCUGGAAAGUGAUGUGGCGGCACAAGUUUGUAUCUUUAUAACAGAUGGAAUUUUAGCCAUUGAUGUUGAAGUUCUUCUUACCACUGAUGAUGAUUCUGCAACAGCUGGAGAGGACUAUGUGGGCCAUGUAAACACACCAUUGGUGUUCACUUCUGGAUCCACUGUUGGAGCACAAGUCUGUGAAGACAUUCUCAUUGAUGAAGACAACAAGCUGGAGGAUGAUGAAGAGUUCACAUACUCACUGACCUCCAAUGAUCCUGUCAUGUUUCUUGCCAGCGGUGGCACUGUAACCAUCGAGGAUAAUGACAGUGUGGAUGUUGCCUGGGCGGAGAGUGUUUUCACAGUGCGAGAGGAUGAACUAACACUCAUGGCCUGUGUCGAGGUCCCUAGUGACAUUCUGUGUCGGGACAUCGAACUCUUUGUGUCCACCGCAGACUCCACAAUGUCGCCACAAGCUACUAGUGAUGUAGAUUAUCAGUCUCUGAGUAUGCAAAGUCUGACUGUGCCUGCCGGCUCCAGUUCAGCGUGUGUAUCUGUUACACUGAUUGAUGACAACGAGGCAGAGUCUGCCGCAGAGUUCUUUGAUCUGGUCCUCAGUUCCUCUGACUCAGACGUUUCUAUCUCCUCUCCUCUGGCCGUAGUUGAACUUCAGAAUGAGGAUCUUCAGAUUGGGCUGAUGCCAUUUACAGUCUGCGAGAACUCUCCAAUUCUCACGGCUUGUGUUACUGUCACUGGUGAAAGUGUGGAUGUGGCUUCUUUCGAUUUCUUCACUUCCCCCACUGGAACUGCAACUGUGGGAGACGACUACCAGGCUGCUAGUUCCAGUUUCAACUUUGUCACUGGAGACAACCCUCCCUGUCUAAAUAUUCCGAUAGACGAUGAUUCAGAUAGGGAGAGCUGUGAGACAUUCAUGCUACAGUUGUCCACAUCUGACCCCAACAUCAUUCUCUCACCGGGGGCUGCAACCGCCACCAUCUAUGACGACGAGGAUCCAAGUAUUGAGUUCAUCAAUAACACACCAGACAUCACUGGCCAGAUUCUAACAUCGGAGCUAUUGGAAGAAGGCUGUAUCGCCGGACUUGUAUGUCAAGUAGAAGAUGGAGUCCCAUUCAGCUGUACUAAUCCGUCCGUCAUUGAGCUCGACAAUACUCGUGUUAAUACACUGUCCAUCACUGCAAAUGGAUUCUGUCAAAAUAGCGAUUCUCUCUCUCGUGACGUUCGAUCUGACAACGUAAGGUGCCACGUACAUCAAAUCAAUGGAGGAGAUGAGCAGGCAACUGUGGUUGGGAAUAGUGCAACUGUCAUGUUUGAAGGAACCGGUCCAUCUGCUGGCAAUGUUGUCACUGAUUUCAGAAUUUUGGUGGAUCUGUUGAACCCCAACACAGGAGAGUUUAUUACCCAGCAUGAAUUCCCAUGCUCUGACACCGCAGCUGCACCUCCUUUUACUGCAACGUGUGUUGUGGAUGCCGCUACUGCCCACGGAACCCUAACAGUGUCUGGAUUCUCCAGCGUUGGCAGAUGGGGCCUACGUAUUCAGCCACUCCAGCCUCCCAGUGGUCUGCAGUGUAUACGACGUGCCCCACGAAGAUUUGAAUUUGACAUAACUAGUGUAUGAGUUGCCAUUUUGGUAGCUGUACAAACAAGACUGCAUUCAUAGUUACCUUCUAUUCUAUAGCAGUUUAUGGGUAUGAUGUAUUUAUCUCGCUGUUUUGUGACCUCAAAUGUCUCUGUCAGAUAAUUUGCCAGCUAGGAACGCAGUCAACACACAAACUAAUA